CACGGAUUUCUAUUCGUGCAGUACCGCUCAUCCGCAUGUGUAAACAAGGCAACUUCUAGAAUAAAUGACGUUUCACAGCUGACAGUCCGGUUAUAGUAAAGUUUUGUCACAGUUUUAUAAGAUUUGAAACUGCAAAUAGCGUUUUAUCGUAUUUAGAUUCAAAAUGGCGCAGAGCGACAGCGACGAUGGGAUGGACGAGUUCAUGGACAGAUUCAAGAGCCAGAGGUAUAAAAAUGCCUUCACUGAAAACGACUGGGAACAGGAGUUCAACAAAAUCCCCAUGUUCAUGAAAACAGCCCCUGAGGAGAUUGACCCGCAAAAAUACCCAGAACUAGCCUGUCUCCAGAGCAUUAUCCACGAUGAAGACCGACCUCCAGAAGAGCAAGCCAAGUGUCUGAAAGAUGAGGGCAAUGCAUUUUUCAAAGAGAAGAACUACGAGAAGGCCGUGGUGUCCUACUCAGCAGGUCUGAAGAAGAAAUGUGGGGACCAGGAGCUCAACACUGUUCUCUUCACCAAUCGAGCAGCUGCACACUUCUAUCUGGGUAACAUGCGCUCUGCACUGAAUGAUGCUGCAGCUGCAAAGAAGAUCAAACCAGACCACCUGAAAGCCUUAAUCAGAGGUGCUCAAUGUUGUAUUGAGCUGCGUAACUUUCCAGACGCCCUCCAGUGGUGUGACGAGGCGCUCAAGGCCCAUCCGACUGACAAGAAGUUGUUGGAGCUGAGAGCAACAGCAGAUAAACACAAAAGAGCAGCGGAAAGAGAUACCAGGAAAGCUAAGGUCAAAGAAAAGAAGUUGCACGGUCAGAAAGAAGCUCUCCUGGCUGCUAUAAAGGAUCGAGGUGUCAAGCUCUUCCAGUCUGUGGAGCCUCGUCAGCACAGUUCAGACAGUGAGGAGGAGGAGGAGGAACGCUCUUCAGCAGCGAUAGCACAGCUGAGUCUGGACGGCCUCAACUCUCAGGAGGUCACCGGGGCUCAGGUCUUCCUGGACAAUCAGGGCCUUCUGCACUGGCCUGUUCUCUUCCUCUACCCCGAACAUCAGCAGAGUGAUUUCAUCUCAGCCUUCUGCGAGAACAACUGUUUCGUAGACCACCUGGCGAUCAUGUUUGAAGAACUUCCCCCCUGGGACACAGACAGAAAAUACCUUCCACAAAAUCUGCAGCUCUUCUUUGAAGAUGUGGAGAAAGAGAAACUCUACCAAGUUGAUCCAGAGAUGUCACUUUUGAAAACACUGCAGCAUAAAAGGUUUUUUGUGAAGGGAGGAACUCCCAGCUUCAUCGUGUUGGUUAAUGGCUCGUCAUUCUGGAAGCAGUUUUUAUCAGGAAGGAAAAUCCAUCAUUUGUAAAAACACGGGUCUUCAAUUCUUGGACUUUUAACACACUAGAUCCUUGUUUUCCAUCCCAAAGGACUGACUUACAUUUUUAAGGAAAAAUAAUCAGGCGAACAGGCUUUAUGUGGCACCAAAGUCUGUGUAAAUGAAUAUAUAAAGUGUGGUUUCUUGAAGAAAUCUAUUUGGAUGUUUUUUUCCUGUACAAAUGUAACAUUUCAGAGUGAAAACCAUGAAAAGAAAUUUUAUUCAAACACUUCAUGAACAGUCAAAACAAAAUGACGUUAUGAACAUGAAUUGAAUAGAGGGCAACAAAACUGGAAUCAUGCAGACAAAUGGUGUAAGUACUUGUAAAAACUGAAUAGAAGAAAGACAGCAAAGCCUCGUUACUAUCUGACUUCCUCCUUGACAUUUACAUGAUUUCAGUCCUUCCUACACAUACCACUACAUCAAUUCACUGAAUCAGUGUUCACAGUAAAGUCAAUUUAUUCUCAAAUUCUGUCUAAUGAUCCUUUAAGGAAGUUGGUUGGACCUCACAAGAAAACUUGUUCAUUCUUCAAAUCCUGCUCAUCAAACAGGGAAUCUGGGUCAUACUUUACAGAUGACUAAUGUGUUUCAGUGUUUGACAGUAAGUGACAGAGAUUACAGGACAGUACAGUAGUUAUGUAGGUGUCAGAUGCUGUUGACAGUGAGAGUGAGCCAUCUUUUCUCGUCCUGUAAUGCCAAUCUGCUACAAACACUGCACAAUAAACCUGCCAGCCAGGUGAGAGUUCCCUGAAGCUAUGUUUGUUGUCAGCGUGUCAUUAACAUCUAGGAUUACUGGGAAUUUCCUGGAAUUCUUUUACUUUGUCAAAGGUUCCUGUAGGUACCUGUAGUUUCUGACUUUGCUGCAUUACAUGAGGACUUUACAUUGACAAGAAAAAUGGAGUUUCACUUACUUGAACAGACUGACUCAACAGAACUUUUUCACACUUUAAAUUUUCUUUUUUUGAACAAAUAAAGUUCGUAAGUAGGCCAGA